GAAAAUAGCCUAUUACUUUGCCUUAAAAUUCCCUGAAGCAAUUAAAACGUUUUCUUCCAAAAUGCAGUUUGAUAUAUAAGUUUCCCACUGGCCAUCAAGGACAUGAAAACUUAAGUAAGGUGGAAAGUGAAGAGCAGCACCCCUGUUGAGCAGAUGUGUUUGCUCAAGCUAGAAUCCAAUCAGAGUCUCGGAGCAACAGGAGGCGCCUCCUCUCUUAAACAUCGUCACGAGUGAAGGGAGAACUUCCAUUCCUAAUGUUCUUCAGGAGCUGCCACCACAUAACCGCUGGAUCCUGCGAACACCAACUUAUGGCAAACCACCAAUAGCGCCUCUUCAAUUUUCCAAACGCUGUGAGAUAUAAAGGGAUCCUGGAUGGACCUGGGUGACGAUAGCUGGUCCAUGGUCAAACGCGAAGUGUCCAGCAGCAGCAGCCCAGGCUCUCCGGCUGAGCAGAGCUACCUGAACACUGACCGGAGGGAGCGACUGAGAUCGCCGCCUCCGACGCACCUGGAUACGGUGGGAACCCGUCGCACGGAGGGGAGGCCCCUACACUCCUACGUUCACUUUGGGCAUCCCAACAACGCCCUGCCCAGUUCAGACGACGUUACACUCUUUACGGACUUAGACCAAAGCAACAAACUCAUCAUCUCAGGUGGACACACCAGGGAGGCACAUAAAGGAGGCCUUAUUGUGGACCCUACCGACAUGUAUCAGACCCUGAGUCAGGCCGGUUAUAACGACUCAUCAUCGGCCGGUUAUAUGCACUCCAACCCUAAUUCACCUGUGUAUGUUCCUACAUCUCGAGUUGGGACGAUGAUACCGAGUUUGUCGUACCUACAACCCAGCGUGUCAUCGCAGCCGAGCCAUGCGGUCAGCAGUCACUCGGUCUGGUCACAGUCCGCGCCGGAGAGCCCGUCUUACAGCACUGGAAGUCCACAUACCUCCAACCGGUUCCACUACUCACCUAGUCCGCCGAUGAACAACGGCACAUCGAGGGAUACCAGCUAUACACAUCCAUUGACUGUGAACAGUCGAGACCAGUCCUAUCUUUCACGACCGAUAAGUGGAUCUUAUACAAGUCCAUAUUAUGUUGCACCGCAACUACCACAGUUACCGGCCGCGUGGCCAGCAGGACCCUUUGAGAACUCCAUGAUUCAUUCCCUGCAAUCCAGAAGCGCACCGCUAUCCAUUAGAGGACCAAACGGAGAUUUGCUGGAUGACAUGAUGGAGAGUCGGGAGUGCGUGAACUGCGGCGCAAUGUCCACCCCGCUGUGGAGACGCGACGGCACGGGCCACUUUCUCUGUAACGCCUGCGGUCUGUACAGCAAAAUGAAUGGACUCAGCCGACCAUUAAUUAAACCUCAGAAGCGAAUGCCUUCUUCGAGAAGAAUGGGUCUGUCUUGCGCAAACUGCCAAACAAGCACUACAACACUAUGGCGCAGAAACGCGGAGGGAGAGCCAGUGUGCAACGCGUGUGGACUUUACACAAAAUUACACGGGGUCCCUCGACCCCUUGCCAUGAAGAAAGAAGGUAUUCAGACAAGGAAAAGAAAACCAAAAGCCCUAAGCAAAACUAAGGGAUCAUCUGGAAGUAGUUCAGUCCCCAUGACUCCGACUUCCUCAUCCUCCUCUAAUUCAGAGGAGUGCACAAAAAACAGUCCUUCAUCAACACAGGUGCCUGUGACAUCGGUCAACUCUUCAACGCUGGUGGGCCAAAUUGAAGUUCCAGGCACGACAGGCUCCAUGGUAAAAUACCCUGGCCAGGAAAGUCUCUACACGAAUGUAGGCUUGACGUCCACAGCUGACGUGGCAACCUCAGUCAGAGGGGACACUUGGUGCCCUAUGGCCUUGGCCUGAACCAUGGCAUUGUGGGAUGGGAGCCAUUUGCCGUCCUUCAGCUCUCUUAUUGAGCAUCCCUUGGCGUUGUGCUGGUUCUAGCAGUGUGUGGGGCUGUCAUCCAUUCUUGGUGUGUAAAUGAUCGAGAUCAGAGACUUCAUCUGUUCUAAAUACUCCAAUUUUUGAUUCACCCAUGGAAUACUCGGACUGGAUGUCCAUAAUGGAGACUUUCGGCAUCAUUCUGCACUAGAGGACACGAGAGAAAGAGAGAGUCAGCUUUAAAAUGGCUUUGGUAUCUUCAGAGCUCGCAGCUUGUGUGUUGCUCAUCAGGAGUAAGUGGAUCAAAAAUUAUUUUUUGAAAAUAGAUUUGUACAUAUUAAUGCUAACGGAUACCUUGCCCAUCUGGAAAGUCAAUGUUUUUGACCAGAUUGUGGGGAUCUGAGGAGAAAAAAAUAGAUGAUCUUUUAUGAAACUGGAAUUGAAGAUAAAGUACCAAGGUCGUCUUACUGAAGAAUGCCAACGUAUUUAAUGAAGCUAAGCUACAGUUGUUCGGAUAAUGCAUAUAUUUGUCAAUAAAGAUUGUGUCAAAUAGAAUAGAAACGAAUGAAGCCUUUUUGUUUUAAGCAUUAUGUCAUCACAGUGUGGAUGCAGCUCACUAAUCUGCACACUUCCUUUAUAAAAAAAAAGAAAAACAAAAACAAAAAAGCUCUUAUUAGGUUGAACUAUUUUGUGAUGGUUUAAUACAGGGUAUCAAAGAUCACAGGAACUUUUGUAAUGUCUUGUUUGAUUACACGUUUUCCUAGAGAUCACUCUCAAAUUAAAAUGGUCUAAUCAAGUCAAUUCAUUCAUAGUUCUGGAAUGAUAAAAACACAAUACUGAAAGCAUCAACACAAUAUCUCUGUUAGAACAAACAGCACUCAGGAUUUCUUUCUGAUGCAUAUUUUGUUACAAUACAAAACUACAAAAAAGUUUUGCUGUUUUAGACUACCUAAGUUAUGACAUUGAUGUGCAAAUAUCAGUGUCUGCUAUGCUAUUUUUAUUUUUUACUUUCAGUUUCAGAUAUACACUUUUCUGGUAAUAAAGCUUUCACAAUUUAUUUGAUCAUUUAGAGAGAAUAAUUCGUAUUCAAAAUCACCCAGUACUAAAAGAACAAGGUUUCUUUUGAGUCAUCAUUUAAGCCACAUACACAAUGUAUAAGUAAGUGAAAUGUCCAACCAGUUUAAUUAAGUAAUGAAUGAGUUCAGUCUCUUGACCCAAAGCCUCAGAGAUUUUAGUUUGUAAUAAAUUAUAAACAAGCAGCCGUGUUUAAUGAUUAUUCUACUACAGUGAGAGAGGAAUGAUGAUUUUUGGACAAUUUGACAAUCAUGUGUGUUACAGGGACAUUGCAUUGCAUUGUGAAUGGCACGAGAAGCAGUUUGCCACAUUCCCUGUGAUUCCUUUAUACAAUUAUUUAUUUCUGCAAUGUAGUGUGUUUCUUAAAGGGUGUUUGUCUAUUUUAUUUGAAUUAACGUAUUUGUAUUGUAUGGCUGUGUUUUGUAGGCGUAAUUUUGAUUCCCGAAUAGAUUUGAUUUAUUUUGUUUUUCAGCCGUUGAAAAAAUUGUCUGGUGUUCCUCCCCUUGCAUUGUAAGGUGCUGAGCGAUUCUUCCAUACUCCUCACAUGAAUGUUUUCAACCACUGGACAUAAUUUUAAUGUAAUUACCAAAAACAAUUGAUGUACAUGAUGUGUUUUUUCAUUGACUUCAUCAGUAAUACAACGUUUAUGAUAUUGGGUGUUCUCAAACCCUUGACUCUCCCUGCUUUUUUCCAGUGUACAGAUUGUUGAGAAGGACAUUUAUUGUUAGAUUUAUUUUGGUUUAAACUAUACGAACUAAAUUUUGUUUUUUUUAGUUCUUGAACACUGGAACAAUAAAUAAGAGCCAUAACUAAA